AUGGGUUAUCUAAAUUUAAUACUAAUUAUAACAUGGAUAAGUUUUUGCUAUACUGUGGAAAAUACUGAGAACAGAAAUGAUUAUGCAGAACUUAAUGCAGCUGUGUUAGCCUCCUGUGACUUUAAUAAUGAUGCAGAGCCAUUUUGUAACUUCCGGCAAGACACUGCAGAUGACGGUGAUUGGAUCCGCCAUACAGGAGCCACCCCAACACCUGGCACCGGACCCCCUGGAGGUUAUCCUGAUGGCAGUGGAUUUUACAUAUACCAAGAAGCUGAUAAUGUUGGCAAUGGGAGGAAAACUCGCUUACUCAGUCCUGUGUUCAACACACCAGCUGAAAUUUGUGUACAAUUUCAGUACUACAUGUAUGGCUCUGAAAGAAACAACCAAUUAAACUUGUUGGCCAAGCGACCUGGGACGCAGGAAAUACUAUGGCAGAAAAUUGGGGUCCAGAGUCCAUCAUGGCUUGGAGCAGCUGUUACUGUGUCCAUACCAGUUGGACAGUCGGUUGAAAUUGUAUUUGAAGCAGUACGUGGCUACUCAUCAUCAUGUGAUACAGCCUUGGAUAACAUAAACAUCACUGAGGGAGCUUGUCCAGGCUGUAUAGCUGGUUGUGAUUUUGAUGAAAUGGAUAACCUGUGUGGAUGGGAAAAUGAGGUCUCAGAUCUAGAAAUCUUUGGCUGGGAGUUCUGGGCUGGAAACACUGAGACUCCUGGUACAGGUCCUGAUGACGACUUCUCCAAACCAGGCUUGGGAUUGUACCUGUUGAUGGAUUCAUACUCUAGUAUCCCAGGAGCCUCAGCUCAGCUAUGGAGUCCACCUUUAUCAUCUUCUACUGGCUGCUUGCAGCUAGACUUCCAUUAUUACAUGUACGGCACUUCAUCAGACAUGCAGCUUCAUGUCAAUGUUGUCACCAGUGAAAAUGGAAAACUGGCAUCUCCUAUUUUCACUGUCAUUGGAAACCAAGGACAGGUUUGGAAACCAGCACAGGUUCCCUAUAUUGGUACAGGAACUGUUCAGUUCGUAAUUGUUGGAGUAUAUGGAAGUACAGAUAAGACAGAUAUUGCUAUCGACAGUGUGUGCAUCACAACUUGUGAUGCUGUAACACCAACAACCAUGAAGCCUACAACACAGCCAUCAACACCUAAACCUACUACACCAAGGCCAACUUCUCCUACAACACCAGUGAAAUGCCCUCCUGAUUCUGAGUACAUAGAGUGUGGACCAGCUUGCAUUCCCAGCUGUAAAGAACCCUCCACCAACUGCACUGGUCCAUGUAUCAGUGGCUGCUUCUGCAAACCAGGUUUUGUGUUCAAGGACAAACGCUGUAUUCCUAUUGAAAAGUGUGGCUGUCUGGAUGAUGACAACAACUAUUAUGAGCCUGGAGAGAUUGUGUUUGGAAAUGGCUGCUCCAAACUGUGUCGCUGUGCUGGAAAUUACACCUUAAAUUGUGUGGACAACACCUGUGACCCCACAGAAGAAUGCAGAGAAGUGGGAGGAAUCCAUGGCUGCUAUCCUAAAGACUCCUCAAACUGUAUUAUCUCGGGUGACCCCCACUACACCACCUUCGACAAACGCAACUAUGACUUUAUGGGCAACUGCACAUACUUGGUUUCUGAGCCGUGCAACAGUACAGACGUUCCCUACUUUGCUGUCUAUACUGAAAAUGAGCAUCGCUAUAACAUUCCCACGGUCAGUUAUGUAGCUGCUGUCCACGUCCAUGUUCUAGGAGUAAAGGUGUCCAUCCUGAAAGGGGGAGUUGUGCAACUGAAUGGAACCAAUGUGAAUCUUCCUCUGAGCCCUGUUGCUGGAGUGGACGUCUUCAAACAUGGGACACUCUACACUGUGGCCAUGAAGUUUGGUGUGACUGUACGAUAUGAUGGAAACCACUACAUGGAUAUCAAAGUCAUCAAAGACUAUCAGAACAAGCUUUGUGGUCUGUGUGGUGACUACAAUGGCAACAGUCUGGAUGAUUUCCGCACCCCCACUGGUGAAGUGGUCACUAAUCCAACUGAAUUUGGCAACAGCUGGAACACAGACCCAGACUGUAAUAAGAGUCCAGUUGACCCGACACCUGGCUGCACAGAAACAGAACAGGAUCUUUAUGAGAGUCCUGCUUACUGUGGUAUCAUAUUGGACAGCAAAGGCCCAUUCGCUGUGUGUCAUCCAAAAGUCAAUCCUAAUAGUUUCUUCAAAAACUGUGUAUUUGAUCUGUGUGCCCUGGGCGGCCCCAGCUCUGCCCUGUGUGAGGCAAUUGAAGCCUAUGUAAAUGAGUGUCAGGACCGUGGCGUUAACAUCGGACCCUGGAGAAACAACACUUUCUGCCCUCUCAAAUGCCCACCCAACAGCCACUAUGACUCCUGCGUUCCCCCUUGUCAGCCCUCCUGUACCCCUCUGCCACCCAACCAUUGCACUGGACCUUGUUCUGAGGGGUGCAAGUGUGAUCCUGGAUAUGUACUAAGUGGUGACAAGUGUGUGAAGCAAGACACAUGUGGAUGUUUGCAUAAUGGACAAUAUUACCAGCCUGGGGACAAGUUCUACACCAAGGACUGUGAGCUGCAGUGCACAUGUAAUCCUCCAUUUGUUACCUGCAGAGCUGCUGAAUGUCCCCCAAUGCAGCAGUGUGGUGUGCAGGGAGGAGUAAUAGGAUGUUACCCAGUUGGCCAUCAGGACUGUAUCAUCUCUGGUGACCCUCAUUACACCACAUUUGAUGGUAAUUACUACACCUUCAUGGGAACCUGCACCUACACACUGGCUCGCACUUGCAGAAACAACACUGAUCCCUGGUUCUCUGUGGAGGGAAAGAAUGAGGAGAGAGGAAUCGCUGGUGUCUCUUAUCUCAGGAAGUUGUAUGUGACCGUCAAUAGCAUCACUGUAACAUUGAUGAAGAGCAGAAAAACCUUGGUGAACGGACUCAAAGUGGCACUUCCUCAUUCCCCCUCUCCACUAAUCUCUCUAACCACGGCUGGACAGUAUGUCAUUCUCACCACACCAUUUGGUCUGGAGGUGCGCUGGGAUGGCAACCACUAUGCUAAGAUCACUGUGCCUAGUACCUACUAUGAGCAGAUGUGUGGUCUGUGUGGAGACUAUAACGGAAACCCAAAUAAUGACUACAUCAAGCCAGAUGGUUCUCUGGCCGGCAACUCAGAUCAAUUUGGCAACAGCUGGCAAACUGACAAAGAUGAAGAUGAAACGUGCAAGCCUGAUGACAAACCUGACCCACCAUGUGACCCAAUUCUAGAAGCUGAGGUGUCUAAACCAGAGAAAUGUGGUAAAAUAACUAACAUCAGUGGUCCCUUUAGGGAUUGUAUAAAGGUGGUGGACCCUCUGCCGUUCUUCCAAAGCUGUGUGUUUGAUAUGUGUCGCUAUGAGGGACUUCUGCAGACUCUGUGUGAUCAGCUCCAGGCUUAUACUGAUGCUUGCCUUAGUGCCGGAGCCCCAGUUCACCAGUGGAGGGAACCAGAUUUCUGCCCUCUGGUUUGUCCCCCCAACAGCCACUACUCCAUGUGUGUGAGUUCAUGUCCAGAAACAUGUGUAGGUGUGAAUGGACCACCUGGCUGUGGAGAGAAGUGUGUUGAGGGAUGUGAGUGUGACUCUGGCUUUGUUCUGAGCAAUGACAAGUGUGUACCUCUGAGAGACUGUGGUUGUGUGGACUCUGAAGGCUCCUACCAUCCAAUAAAUGAGUCCUGGUAUCUGGAAGGCUGUAAUCAUCAGUGUGUAUGUCUCAGUGGACACAUUUUCCAGUGCCACAGCACCAGCUGCCUGCCAACAGAGACCUGCCAACUGCAAGAUGGAGAGUACAUCUGUAAACCAAAUGAUGGACAUACCACAAAACCCCCAACACCCCAGCCAACAACCCCAAAACCAUCCACACCCAAACCCACAACUCCGAAGCCAACUUCUCCCACAACCCCACCAGUGAAAUGCCCUCCUGAUUCUGAGUACAUAGAGUGUGGACCAGCUUGCAUUCCCAGCUGUAAAGAACCCUCCACCAACUGCACUGGUCCAUGUAUCAGUGGCUGCUUCUGCAAACCAGGUUUCGUGUUCAAGGACAAACGCUGUAUUCCUAUUGAAAAGUGUGGCUGUCUGGAUGAUGACAACAACUAUUAUGAGCCUGGAGAGAUUGUGUUUGGAAAUGGCUGCUCUAAACUGUGUCGCUGUGCUGGAAAUUACACCUUAAAUUGUGUGGACAACACCUGUGACCCCACAGAAGAAUGCAGAGAAGUGGGAGGAAUCCAUGGCUGCUAUCCUAAAGACUCCUCAAACUGUAUUAUCUCGGGUGACCCCCACUACUCCACCUUUGACAAACGCUACUAUGACUUUAUGGGCAACUGCACAUACUUGGUUUCUGAGCCGUGCAACAGUACAGACGUUCCCUACUUUGCUGUCUAUACUGAAAAUGAGCAUCGCUAUAACAUUCCCACGGUCAGUUAUGUAGCUGCUGUCCACGUCCAUGUUCUAGGAGUAAAGGUGUCCAUCCUGAAAGGGGGAGUUGUGCAGCUGAAUGGAACCAAUGUGAAUCUUCCUCUGAGCCCUGUUGCUGGAGUGGACAUCUUCAAACAUGGGACACUCUACACUGUGGCCAUGAAGUUUGGUGUGACUGUACGAUAUGAUGGAAACCACUACAUGGAUAUCAAAGUCAUCAAAGACUAUCAGAACAAGCUUUGUGGUCUGUGUGGUGACUACAAUGGCAACAGUUUGGAUGAUUUCCGCACCCCCACUGGUGAAUUGGUCACUAAUCCAACUGAAUUUGGCAACAGCUGGAACACAGACCCAGACUGUAAUAAGAGUCCAGGUGACCCGACACCUGGCUGCACAGAAACAGAACAGGACCUUUAUGAGAGUCCUGCUUACUGUGGUAUCAUAUUGGACAGCAAAGGUCCAUUUGCUGUGUGUCACCCAAAAGUCAAUCCUAAUAGUUUCUUCAAAAACUGUGUAUUUGAUCUGUGUGCCCUGGGCGGCCCUAACUCUGCCCUGUGUGAGGCAAUCGAAGCCUAUGUAAAUGAGUGUCAGGACCGUGGCGUUAACAUCGGACCCUGGAGAAACAACACUUUCUGCCCUCUCAAAUGCCCACCCAACAGCCACUAUGACUCCUGCGUUCCCCCUUGUCAGCCCUCCUGUACCCCUCUGCCACCCAGCCAUUGCACUGGACCUUGUUCUGAGGGGUGCAAGUGUGAUCCUGGAUAUGUACUAAGUGGUGACAAGUGUGUGAAGCAAGACACAUGUGGAUGUUUGCAUAAUGGACAAUAUUACCAGCCUGGGGACAAGUUCUACACCAAGGACUGUGAGCUGCAGUGCACAUGUAAUCCUCCAUUUGUUACCUGCAGAGCUGCUAAAUGUCCCCCAAUGCAGCAGUGUGGUGUGCAGGGAGGAGUAAUAGGAUGUUACCCAGUUGGCCAUCAGGACUGUAUCAUCUCUGGUGACCCUCAUUACACCACAUUUGAUGGUAAUUACUACACCUUCAUGGGAACCUGCACCUACACACUGGCUCGCACUUGCAGAAACAACACUGGUCCCUGGUUCUCUGUGGAGGGAAAGAAUGAGGAGAGAGGAAUCGCUGGUGUCUCUUAUCUCAGGAAGUUGUAUGUGACCGUCAAUAGCAUCACUGUAACAUUGAUGAAGAGCAGAAAGACCUUGGUGAACGGACUCAAAGUGGCACUUCCUCAUUCCCCCUCUCCACUAAUCUCUCUAACCACGGCUGGACAGUAUGUCAUUCUCACCACACCAUUUGGUCUGGAGGUGCGCUGGGAUGGCAACCAUUAUGCUAAGAUCACUGUGCCUAGUACCUACUAUGAGCAGAUGUGUGGUCUGUGUGGAGACUAUAACGGAAACCCAAAUAAUGACUACAUCAAGCCAGAUGGUUCUCUGGCCGGCAACUCAGAUCAAUUUGGCAACAGCUGGCAAACUGAUGAAGAUGAAGAUGAAAAGUGCAAGCCUGAUGACAAACCUGACCCACCAUGUGACCCAAGUCUAGAAGCUGAAGUGUCUAAACCAGAGAAAUGUGGUAAAAUAACUAACAUCAGUGGGCCCUUCAGGGAUUGUAUAAAGGUGGUGGACCCUCUGCCAUUCUUCCAAAGCUGUGUGUUUGAUAUGUGUCGCUAUGAGGGACUUCUGCAGACUCUGUGUGAUCAGCUCCAGGCUUAUACUGAUGCUUGCCUUAGUGCCGGAGCCCCAGUUCACCAGUGGAGGGAACCAGACUUCUGCCCUCUGGUUUGUCCCCCGAACAGCCACUACUCCAUGUGUGUGAGUUCAUGUCCAGAAACAUGUGUAGGUGUGAAUGGACCACCUGGCUGUGGAGAGAAGUGUGUUGAGGGAUGUGAGUGUGACUCGGGCUUUGUUCUGAGCAAUGACAAAUGUGUACCUCUGAGAGACUGUGGCUGUGUGGACCCUGAAGGCUCCUACCAUCCAAUAAAUGAGUCCUGGUAUAUGGAAGGCUGUAAGCAUCAGUGUGUAUGUCUCAGUGGAAAAAUUCUCCAGUGCUACAACACCAGCUGCCUGCCGACAGAGACCUGCCAACUGCAGGAUGGAGAGUACAUCUGUAAACCAAAUGUGAAAUGCCCUCCUGAUUCUGAGUACAUAGAGUGUGGACCAGCUUGCAUUCCCAGCUGUAAAGAACCCUCCACCAACUGCACUGGCUCCUGUAUCAGUGGCUGCUUCUGCAAACCAGGUUUUGUGUUCAAAGGCAAACGUUGUAUACCCAUUGAAAAGUGUGGCUGUCUGGAUGAUAGCAAUAACUACUAUGAGCCUGGAGAGAUUGUGUUUGGAAAUGGCUGCUCCAAACUGUGUCGCUGUGCUGGAAAUUACACCUUAAAUUGUGUGGACAACACCUGUGACCCCACAGAAGAAUGCAGAGAAGUGGGAGGAAUCCAUGGCUGCUAUCCUAAAGGCUCCUCCAACUGUAUUAUCUCAGGUGACCCUCACUACUCCACCUUUGACAAGCGCUACUAUGACUUUAUGGGCAACUGCACAUACUUGGUUUCUGAGCCGUGCAACAGUACAGACGUUCCCUACUUUGCUGUCUAUACUGAAAACGAGCAUCGCUAUAACAUUCCCACGGUCAGUUAUGUAGCUGCUGUCCACGUCCAUGUUCUAGGAGUAAAGGUGUCCAUCCUGAAAGGGGGAGUUGUUCAGCUGAAUGGAACCAAUGUGAAUCUUCCUCUGAGCCCUGUUGCUGGAGUGGACGUCUUCAAACAUGGGACACUCUACACUGUGGCAAUGCAGUUUGGUGUGACAGUACAAUAUGAUGGAAACCACUACAUGGAUAUCAAAGUCAUCAAAGACUAUCAGAACAAGCUUUGUGGUCUGUGUGGUGACUACAAUGGCAACAGUUUGGAUGAUUUCCGCACCCCCACUGGUGAAUUGGUCACUAAUCCAACUGAAUUUGGCAACAGCUGGAACACAGACCCAGACUGUAAUAAGAGUCCAGGUGACCCGACACCUGGCUGCACAGAAACAGAACAGGACCUUUAUGAGAGUCCUGCUUACUGUGGUAUCAUAUUGGACAGCAAAGGUCCAUUUGCUGUGUGUCAUCCAAAAGUCAAUCCUAAUAGUUUCUUCAAAAACUGUGUAUUUGAUCUGUGUGCCCUGGGCGGCCCUAACUCUGCCCUGUGUGAGGCAAUCGAAGCCUAUGUAAAUGAGUGUCAGGACCGUGGCGUUAACAUCGGACCCUGGAGAAACAACACUUUCUGCCCUCUUAAAUGCCCACCCAACAGCCACUAUGACUCCUGCGUUCCCCCUUGUCAGCCCUCCUGUACCCCUCUGCCACCCAGCCAUUGCACUGGACCUUGUUCUGAGGGGUGCAAGUGUGAUCCUGGAUAUGUACUAAGUGGUGACAAGUGUGUGAAGCAAGACACAUGUGGAUGUUUGCAUAAUGGACAGUAUUACCAGCCUGGGGACAAGUUCUACACCAAGGACUGUGAGCUGCAGUGCACAUGUAAUCCUCCAUUUGUUACCUGCAGAGCUGCUGAAUGUCCCCCAAUGCAGCAGUGUGGUGUGCAGGGAGGAGUAAUAGGAUGUUACCCAGUUGGCCAUCAGGACUGUAUCAUCUCUGGUGACCCUCAUUACACCACAUUUGAUGGUAAUUACUACACCUUCAUGGGAACCUGCACCUACACACUGGCUCGCACUUGCAGAAACAACACUGGUCCCUGGUUCUCUGUGGAGGGAAAGAAUGAGGAGAGAGGAAUCGCUGGUGUCUCUUAUCUCAGGAAGUUGUAUGUGACCGUCAAUAGCAUCACUGUAACAUUGAUGAAGAGCAGAAAGACCUUGGUGAACGGACUCAAAGUGGCACUUCCUCAUUCCCCCUCUCCACUAAUCUCUCUAACCACGGCUGGACAGUAUGUCAUUCUCACCACACCAUUUGGUCUGGAGGUGCGCUGGGAUGGCAACCAUUAUGCUAAGAUCACUGUGCCUAGUACCUACUAUGAGCAGAUGUGUGGUCUGUGUGGAGACUAUAACGGAAACCCAAAUAAUGACUACAUCAAGCCAGAUGGUUCUCUGGCCGGCAACUCAGAUCAAUUUGGCAACAGCUGGCAAACUGAUGAAGAUGAAGAUGAAACGUGCAAGCCUGAUGACAAACCUGACCCACCAUGUGACCCAAGUCUAGAAGCUGAGGUGUCUAAACCAGAGAAAUGUGGUAAAAUAACUAACAUCAGUGGGCCCUUCAGGGAUUGUAUAAAGGUGGUGGACCCUCUGCCGUUCUUCCAAAGCUGUGUGUUUGAUAUGUGUCGCUAUGAGGGACUUCUGCAGACUCUGUGUGAUCAGCUCCAGGCUUAUACUGAUGCUUGCCUUAGUGCCGGAGCCCCAGUUCACCAGUGGAGGGAACCAGACUUCUGCCCUCUGGUUUGUCCCCCCAACAGCCACUACUCCAUGUGUGUGAGUUCAUGUCCAGAAACAUGUGUAGGUGUUAAUGGACCACCUGGCUGUGGAGAGAAGUGUGUUGAGGGAUGUGAGUGUGACUCUGGCUUUGUUCUGAGCAAUGACAAGUGUGUACCUCUGAGAGACUGUGGUUGUGUGGACCCUGAAGGCUCCUACCAUCCAAUAAAUGAGACCUGGUAUAUGGAAGGCUGUAAGCAUCAGUGUGUAUGUCUCAGUGGAAAAAUUCUCCAGUGCUACAACACCAGCUGCCUGCCGACAGAGACCUGCCAACUGCAGGAUGGAGAGUACAUCUGUAAACCAAAUGUGAAAUGCCCUCCUGAUUCUGAGUACAUAGAGUGUGGACCAGCUUGCAUUCCCAGCUGUAAAGAACCCUCCACCAACUGCACUGGCUCCUGUAUCAGUGGCUGCUUCUGCAAACCAGGUUUUGUGUUCAAAGGCAAACGUUGUAUACCCAUUGAAAAGUGUGGCUGUCUGGAUGAUAGCAAUAACUACUAUGAGCCUGGAGAGAUUGUGUUUGGAAAUGGCUGCUCCAAACUGUGUCGCUGUGCUGGAAAUUACACCUUAAAUUGUGUGGACAACACCUGUGACCCCACAGAAGAAUGCAGAGAAGUGGGAGGAAUCCAUGGCUGCUAUCCUAAAGACUCCUCAAACUGUAUUAUCUCAGGUGACCCUCACUACUCCACUUUUGACAAGCGCUACUAUGACUUUAUGGGCAACUGCACAUACUUGGUUUCUGAGCCGUGCAACAGUACAGACAUUCCCUACUUUGCUGUCUAUACUGAAAACGAGAAUCGUUAUAACAUUCCCACGGUCAGUUAUGUAGCUGCUGUCCACGUCCAUGUUCUAGGAGUAAAGGUGUCCAUCCUGAAAGGGGGAGUUGUGCAGCUGAAUGGAACCAAUGUGAAUCUUCCUCUGAGCCCUGUUGCUGGAGUGGACGUCUUCAAACAUGGGACACUCUACACUGUGGCAAUGCAGUUUGGUGUGACAGUACAAUAUGAUGGAAACCAUUACAUGGAUAUCAAAGUCAUCAAAGACUAUCAGAACAAGCUUUGUGGUCUGUGUGGUGACUACAAUGGCAACAGUUUGGAUGAUUUCCGCACCCCCACUGGUGAAUUGGUCACUAAUCCAACUGAAUUUGGCAACAGCUGGAACACAGACCCAGACUGUAAUAAGAGUCCAGGUGACCCGACACCUGGCUGCACAGAAACAGAACAGGACCUUUAUGAGAGUCCUGCUUACUGUGGUAUCAUAUUGGACAGCAAAGGUCCAUUUGCUGUGUGUCACCCAAAAGUCAAUCCUAAUAGUUUCUUCAAAAACUGUGUAUUUGAUCUGUGUGCCCUGGGCGGCCCUAACUCUGCCCUGUGUGAGGCAAUCGAAGCCUAUGUAAAUGAGUGUCAGGACCGUGGCGUUAACAUCGGACCCUGGAGAAACAACACUUUCUGCCCUCUUAAAUGCCCACCCAACAGCCACUAUGAUUCCUGCAUUCCCCCUUGUCAGCCCUCCUGUACCCCUCUGCCACCCAGCCAUUGCACUGGACCUUGUUCUGAGGGGUGCAAGUGUGAUCCUGGAUAUGUACUAAGUGGUGACAAGUGUGUGAAGCAAGACACAUGUGGAUGUUUGCAUAAUGGACAAUAUUACCAGCCUGGGGACAAGUUCUACACCAAGGAUUGUGAGCUGCAGUGCACAUGUAAUCCUCCAUUUGUUACCUGCAGAGCUGCUGAAUGUCCCCCAAUGCAGCAGUGUGGUGUGCAGGGAGGAGUAAUAGGAUGUUACCCAGUUGGCCAUCAGGACUGUAUCAUCUCUGGUGACCCUCAUUACACCACAUUUGAUGGUAAUUACUACACCUUCAUGGGAACCUGCACCUACACACUGGCUCGCACUUGCAGAAACAACACUGGUCCCUGGUUCUCUGUGGAGGGAAAGAACGAGGAGAGAGGAAUCGCUGGUGUGUCUUAUCUCAGGAAGAUAUAUGUGACUAUAAACGACAUUACUGUGACCAUGAUGAAGAGCAGAAGAACUCUGGUAAACGGGCGUAAAGUAGCCCUCCCACACUCACCCUCUCCACUCAUCUCUCUCACCUCAGCUGGCCAGUAUGUCAUUCUUACCACUCCAUUUGGCCUUGAGGUGCGCUGGGACGGCAACCACUAUGCUAAGGUCACUGUGCCCAGUACCUACUAUGAGCAGAUGUGUGGUCUGUGUGGAGACUAUAACGGAAACCCUAACAAUGACUACAUCAAGCCAGAUGGAUCACAGGCUGGCAGCUCAGAUCAGUUUGGAAACAGCUGGCAAACUGACAAAGAUGAGGAUGAAAAGUGCAAUCCAGAUGAAACACCUGACCCACCGUGUAACCCAAGUCUUGAGGCUGAGGUGUCUAAACCAGAAAAAUGUGGCAAAAUCACUGACACUAAAGGACCAUUUAGGGAUUGUAUAAAGGUGGUGGACCCUCUGCCGUUCUUCCAAAGCUGUGUGUUUGAUAUGUGUCGCUAUGAGGGACUGCUGCAGACUCUGUGUGAUCAGCUCCAGGCUUAUACUGAUGCUUGCCUUAGUGCAGGAGCCCCAGUGCACCAGUGGAGGGAACCAGACUUUUGCCCACUGGUUUGCCCCCCUAACAGCCACUACACCAUGUGUGUAAGUUCAUGUCCAGAAACAUGUGUAGGUGUUAAUGGACCACCUGGCUGUGGAGAGAAGUGUGUUGAGGGAUGUGAGUGUGACCCGGGCUUUGUCCUGAGCAAUGACAAGUGUGUACCUCUGAAAGACUGUGGAUGUGUGGAUCCUGAAGGUUCUUACCACCCCGUAAAUGAGAUCUGGUAUCUUGAGGGCUGCAAGCAGCAGUGUAUGUGUCUAGGUGGAAAAAUUAUUCAGUGCUACAACACCAGCUGCCUGCCGACAGAGACCUGCCAACUGCAGGAUGGAGAGUACAUCUGUAAACCAAAUGGUAGUGGAAUCUGCUCUGUGAAUGGUGACCCCCACUACACCUCUUUUGACAACAAGGUUCAUCACUUCAUGGGUGCUUGCUCGUACACCCUCACCAGGCCUUGCAAUGAGACCUCUGGCAUGCCAUACUUUACUGUUGACACUCAGAAUGAACACAGAGGAAGUAACAAGAAAGUGUCUUAUGUGAAAUCAGUUAUCGUCAAUGUUUACGGCAUUAAGAUUAUCCUAGAUAAAGGCCGAAAAGUCCAGGUAAAUGGUGUUCAGUUGACUGUGCCCAUCACUCUAAUGAAUGGUGUUAAGCUCUUCCUCAGUGGCAAGUUUGUUGUGCUGGAGACAAACUUUGGCUUACGUGUCCGCUUUGAUGGCAAUCACCAUGUUGAUGUCAGCCUUCCUGCCUCCUACAAAAACUUGUUGUGUGGAAUGUGUGGAAAUUUCAACAACAACCCAAGUGAUGACAACAUCAUGUCAAACGGCAAGCCUACAGGCAGCACCAGCGAGCUCGGAGAAAGUUGGCAGGUGCCUGAUGACAGACCAGAUUGUACUCAUGGAGGUGGAGAUAUUGAAUGCAAGAAAGAUAUUGAGACUGAGGCUGUGAAACCCACCAGUUGUGGAAUGAUCAGUGAUCCUAAUGGAAUCUUCAAAGAAUGCCAUAAGGUUGUACCACCUAACCCAUACUUUGAGAACUGUGUGUUUGACCAGUGUGGCACAGAUGGGUCUGCAGUGGCACUCUGUCAGGCAAUUGAGAGCUAUGCUGACCUGUGUGCCCUAUCUGGAGUACCAAUCAACUGGAGAAACAACACAUUUUGUCCCCUGAAGUGUCCUAUUAACAGCCACUAUGAACACUGUAGCUCUGCAUGUCCAGCUAGCUGUCAGGACCCAGGUGCAGCUGGUACAUGCACAGAGCCAUGUGUAGAAGGAUGUGUGUGUGAUGAAGGACUGAUACUCAGCGGUGACAAAUGUGUGCCUUUCAGUCAGUGUGGAUGUACUGAUAAGAACAGCAACUAUAGGCCGGUAGGAGAAAGCUGGUUUACUAAAGAUGACUGCUCUGAACGCUGUGUGUGCAAUCCUUUCAACAACGUAACAUGUGAGGCAUGGAGGUGUAGCCCUGCACAAGAGUGUAAGGUCCACGAAGGCCAGCUAGGUUGUGUGGAUACAGGAUUUGGAGUUUGCCACAUAGCUGGUGAUCCUCAUUACUACACCUUUGAUGGAAUCAUGCACACUUACAUGGGCACGUGUACCUACACAUUGGUAGAUGUAUGCAACAGCUCUAUGGUGACCCCCUUUACCAUUGUGGCCAAGAACGAAGAGCGUGGUCAGCCUGAGGCCUCCUAUGUUCGCUCUGUCACUGUCUACCUGCCUGGAGGUGUCAUCACACUUGGCAAGAGCAAGAGAAUAAUGCUGGAUGGGCUGAGGAUCCGUACCCCCCUAGACAUUUCUCCAGCCAAGGCCAGAGUGUUCACCAGUGGAGUCAACAUGGUGGUGUCCACUGACUUUGGCCUAAUCGUCCAGUUUGAUGGUGUUCAUCAUGUGGUGAUCACUGUACCUGGAGAUUACUUUGACAAGGUGUGUGGUAUGUGUGGUAACUACAAUGGGGACUCCAGUGAUGACAAUUUGAUGCCAAACGGCAAACCAGCCAAAGAUGUAAUUGAGUUGGGCAACAGCUGGAAGGCAGAAGGUGACAGUGACCCAGGAUGCCAGCCAGACACACGUCCAGACAUCCACCCCAACUGCACAGUAGAGGAAGAGGAGGCCAUCAAGGCCCAGUGUGCUAGCAUCAUUCUGUCUGACCGCUUCAAGCCCUGCCAUUCGCUCAUCCCUCCUGAGGCUUUCUUGGGGAACUGUAUCUAUGACAUGUGCGAGUAUGAUGGCAUGCAGUCUACGCUGUGUAACAAUGUGGAGGCCUAUGCUCAGGCCUGUCAGAGUGCCGGCAUCACCAUUAGCUGGAGGAACACUACCUUCUGUCCUCUCCCAUGCCCACCAAACAGCCACUUCUCUGAAUGCACACCCCCAUGCCCACCCACCUGUGCCGAUCUGUUCCCAAUCUUCUGCCCCCUUCCGCCAAAUAGUUGUGUUGAAGGCUGCCAGUGCAAUGCAGGCUUUGUGCUAAGCGAUGACAAGUGUGUACCCUUUUCCAGCUGUGGAUGUUUAGACAACAAGAAAGAAUACCAUGAAGUUGGAGACUCCUGGGUGACAGAACACUGUGAGCAGAAGUGCACAUGCAGUUUAGGAGGAGCGUUGUCCUGCAAGAACUUCCAGUGCGGCUCCAACUCGGUCUGUGCAGUGGACAAAGACGGCGAACGUUACUGCAAACCUGAACGUUUUGACAAGUGCACAAUUUCUGGAGAUCCACAUUACCGUACUUUUGACAAAUUCAACCACCACUACCAGGGCCCAUACACAUACAUACUAACCAAGGACCAUGAUCUACCAAGCUACCUGACACCUCUUACUGUAAGGGGUAAGAAUGCCCGCAGAGGUGGCAACAACCGCAUCUCCUUCCUGCAUGAGAUGUAUGUGGAUGUGUAUGGUGUCAGUGUUCACAUGCUACAAAAGAAAGGUUUACUGGUUAAUGGUGAACGAGUGUCCCCUCCUCUGAGUCCUAAAGAGGGUAUUAAAAUUACCUUCAGCUCCCGCUACCUUCAGCUCUCAACUGACUUCGGGCUCACUGUGCGCUUUGACGGCAACAUGGCAGGGGAGGUGAUUCUGCCGAGCACCUACAAGGCACACGUGCGUGGCCUGUGUGGAAACUAUGAUGAUAAAUCCAAUAACGACUAUGUUAAGCCAGAUGGCACUAUCACCCGCAACCUCAACGAGUUUGGAGACAGCUGGAGAGUGACUGACAGACAGGGGGAGGAGUUCCAAACCUCAGACUUGCCCCGACUCAACCGCCUGCACAGGAGGGAUGUGAGAGAGGACCUAGAUUCAGGCUUCGAGACUGACGGCUGCUCAGAGGAACAGCUGGUUGAGCUCAAUGGGAAGAAUCAGUGUGGAGCUUUGAGUGACCCUACAGGACCUUUUGCUGCCUGCCAUGCCACUAUUCCUACUGAUGUGUUCCAGGAGGACUGUGUAUUCGACCUGUGUGCAGAGCAGAGCAAUCCCACGCUGCGCUGUCAGAGUUAUGCUGUUUACGCCAUGGCCUGUCAGGAACAGGGUGUUACGUUAGGCCCUUGGAGAACACAACUGGAGUGUUCAUUGCCAUGUGGUGCCAACAGUAGCUACACUUCCUGUAUGACUGCAUGCCCGGCGUCAUGUGCAGACUUAGCAGCGCCUUCAGAAUGUGAGCAGACAACAUGUUUAGAGGGUUGUCAGUGCAAUCCUGGAUUUACUCUGAGUGAAGACGCAUGUGUUCCUUUCAGCAAGUGUGGAUGCACAUAUUUGGGGCGCUACUACACCUUAAAGGAGACGUUUGUGACAGAGGACUGUGCUCAGACUUGUGAAUGUACCGCCACUGGUGCUGUUUGUCAACCUAAAGGCUGCACAGAUAAACAAGUCUGUACCAUCUAUUCCACCAAACGAGACUGCUAUGACUUUGGCCCAUGCUCAAGUUCACCAUGCCAGAAUGGUGGUACCUGUGUUGAAUCAGCAAAUGUCAGUUACACCUGCAUAUGUCCAGAUGGCUUUAAAGGAAUUCAUUGUGAGAAGAAAGGUCUAGAUCAGUCAACAAUUAUUUUGAUUGGAGUGUUAGUACCACUGGCCAUCAUCAUCAUCAUCACUACAAUUGUGUGUGCCUGCAAGAAAUCAAGGCAAAGGAAAGAUAGUUAUGACACUUCUAGCACUCACAGCUUACCAAUGAAAUCAAAAGAUCACCCAUAUGAAAAUCUGGAUGGCCGUAAGAAGAGUGCAGACAGCUCUGUGAUAACAUCAUCGAAGUUCUGAAGUGCAGACAUUACUUAAUUUUUGUAUUUAUUAAAUAUUGACCGCAAUGCUCAACAAUUAGCACAAUUUAAUUGUGAAUAUUUCUGUUUAGUAACAUUUAGUUUGUAACUUAGUUUAGUAACUUAUUUGUAAACUUUACUGUGAUUGUUGGUGAAACAUGCAAUAAUGUAACAUCUGUAUAGCCUGCAAUAAUAAAAUAACUGAAUAUA